AUGAGAGGUGCAAAACCGCCCCCUUAUGAGGCUGUGCCAGCUGAAGAACAAGAUUCAGUAGCGGCCCAGGCAACUGUUGAGCAUUCGCUGGUCAAAAAUAAUGAACACGACAAACCCCCACCGCAGUCGUUGAAUCAUUCCUGGCUAGAGAGACUUUUGCGUCUAGCUUUUGAUUUGAUUAUUGCCGUGAUCGCGCUCCUCUUCGCUGCUUUUGGCAUCAUGGUCCUUCAAGCCGACGGAGAUCCCGCGGGUCCAGGUACAAUGGGCGCCAAACUUUUCACGGUGUCUCAAUAUACACCUACUGUUUUCCCUGUCUUGUUUGCUGCCAUCGCUGGCAGCAGUAUGAAAAGCAUCGCGGCCUGGCGUGUCCAGACUAGUCAAGGAGCUACUAUUGGGUUUAUACAGCAGUGUCUCGGCAGCCAGACGAUUUCGAGUGCCUUUCUGGUCCAGAUUCGUCUCCGAGCCCUCAACGUUUUUGCUGUCUGCACUCUCAUAUUAUGGUGUCUGUCUCCACUGGGAAGCCAAGCAUCGCUCCGGGUUAUUUCGAUCGUGCCCAAUUACCCAAGCACCUCGAUCAACCUUACUACUGCGAAUACAUUCACUGAAUAUCAAUAUGGUCUUAUUGAUGGCGCUGAAAUGGCUAUGACGACCAUAACAAAUCCUGUCAUUGCCUCUAUAAUGUCAACUACGCUGCUCAGGAGCCGCAACCAGGACCUCUGGGGCAAUAUUCGCUUCCCUGUGAUCAAAAACCUCUCAAACAGCAGCUCUGACUGGAUGGACAUGCCUGCGAACAGUGAGUUGACCUACGCUUCUCUCGUUGGUUCCCCGGUCGCCGAUCUAUCUACCUCGGGUAACACAUCCUUUACACUGCCAGGCUCUUACUUGUCUAUCUCCUGUCCCGAUUUUAGUCUGGUGAAUCAGACCGGCUUUACCAAUUUCACAAAUUCUAGUGCUCCUGCGCCUGGCAACAACGCAGAUUGCAGCUGGAUAGUCUCUGAAGGGGGCACUCAAUACCAGAUUGCCAUUUCAGACCCCUGCCCUGGCUUCAACACGACCAUUGGUACUGGGACUCGAUAUGCCCGCAAGUUCGUAUGGGAAUCCGCUGACGGGUACUUUAUAAAUAACGGGAUCAAUCCUGAUCUCUAUACUCAGGCUACGUGCGACCUGACUACAACAUUUGUGGAUGUCAAUGUAACGUGUACCGGGAGUUCUUCCUCCAAUUCUGCUGGUAGCACUUGUACCCUGUCCUCCGUCCGCCGCUCGCCCACUCCGCCAGCAGAUGGUAACUGGACUGUUCUUGACCUGGGUGGUGAUAGCUACAGCUAUCGGGAGGAUGCCAAUGCAGUUCUGACUGUUAUCACCGAGUUGUUCCCUGAUGCACAAUUGGGUGGUGGCCAGCAACCCAUCAUAUCCUAUCUGAUUGACCCAAUUAGCGCCGUGGGAAAUUAUCAGGGGACGUCAGUCUAUUCAGUUGGUCGCUCAGUAUUCGAAACACGUAUAGGCCAGAUUUUCAAUGCAGCCCUUUACCUUGGGAUUAGUCCCUCGGCAUUUACUGGCUCAUACAAUGACUCGAGUGAUCUGCCUAGUGGGGGCCGGCUCAGUUUGAAUGCUACAGUCACCACGCAGCACGAUGUUGUGAGGUGUAGCCGGGGUUGGCUCGGUGUGCUCAUUAUUGCAUCAUUUGGAAUCUUUGUCUUUGCACUAAUGGGUGCGAUUCUGCGUAUCAUGACGUUGUCUCCGGACGUUCUGGGGUCAGUAUCUGCUAUCUUUCUAAACAACAGGAUAACAGGGAUUACCGGGGCCUCGACAUGGUCUUCCGAUGAGUGGACUAGGCAUCUGAAGGAUGAGAAGCUAUAUCUGGGAGAUGUUGAGCCUACGGCUGAAGUGGGUUGCAUUGCGCUGGCAACUUCGUCAGAUGAUGUGCCAGUGGGUCAGAUAAAGAAGGGUCGGGACUAUACUUGA